AUUUGAGUAGAAUUGCUUAUGAAGUUAAAGUUGAUAGGUAUAUAACAAUCUCAUUCCCAUCUGGUACAGAGAAUAUGCGUGCCCCACCUCGUAUAUAUAAUAUUACGUAUUUAAAUAUUUGUUAAUAACGCUGUUACUACAUUUAUGCAAAUAAGUGAAAAUUCCACAAAGCAGGUAAUAUGUCUAGCUGCUUUUAUCGGCAUAGUGGUGUCACAGCACGGGCACGGGCACGCGCAUUCGUCGCUGCACAUUUCCAAGCACGAUGGGCACGCGCAGGAAGUCAUCAUCAAUCAUCACGGACACGAGAAGCACGUCGACUACUACACACAUCCCAAGUACGAGUUCAAGUACGAGGUGGAGGACAAGCACACGGGCGACCACAAGACGCAGCACGAGCACCGCGACGGCGACGCCGUCAAGGGCUUCUACAGCCUGCACGAGCCCGACGGCUCCGUCAGGGACGUGCAUUACGAGAGCGACAAAAAGACUGGUUUUCAUGCAACGGUCAAGCACAGCACCCACCACAUCGUACCGGAACACCACCAUCACCACUAAUCGUCGGCUUCUACAAUUGUUUUUUUUUUUUAUAUUAAUCAGUAUUUUACAAUUUAAUAUUUUUGACAAUAAAAGUUUGUUUUCUAAAUAAAAAAACAUGUUUUUUUUUUCAAUAGUACGUA